AUGUUCAAGCGCUCGUUCCGGUCCCAGGACCGAGUCGACAAGGCGUCGAGGCUGAAGAAGUCGAACACCAUUCGAGGUGACCCCCAGAAGCUGUCGAAAUUGCAGCGGUCGCUCGAGGAGAGUAUGCCUGUGAAGAAGACUCUCAACUCACCCAUUGUCACCCUUACCGUGGGUCGAGAAGGGCGACUGUUUGCGGCGCAUGAGGAGGUCUUGUGUCAGUCGUCGUUCUUUGAGCGCGCCUGCCGAGACCAGUACCUCGAGGCGCAGAGUAAGAGGAUAUCUCUUCCGGACGAAGAACCCGAAGUCUUCUCGGCUGUGCUUGAGUAUCUCUACAAGGGCGACUACUACCCACGCUUGCUUCACAACAAGCACCGAAACUCUUGGGAACUCGAAGAUGCGAACACAGCCGCGGGAAGGUCUCCGGUCUCAUCAGAAAACGGAGGCGGCCGCGGAGCCGUGGAAGCCACAACUUACGUGUCCAGCGUAGGGCAAGCCCUGCUCAGGGAUACCGUCAUAUACUGCAUCGCGGAACGCUUCGGGCUCGAGGAGCUCAAGCGCCUGGCUCUGCGCAAGCAGGGCCUGCAGAGCGGAAUCGACGUCGCGACCAUUCUGCGAUCGGCACAGUAUGCCUAUGACAACACGCCGGACUCGGACUCGCGACUCCGCGCUCAUUACCUCGCUUUGAUCAUUAGAUGUCGCAAGACAUUUAAGAGGAGCGGAACCAUGCAGGCGGAGAUGGAACGGGGCGGUAAACUUUUUUUCGACUUGUUCGUGGCCAUGUGCAACCACCUUGACGACGUCGUGGAGAUGAGCAAUGCUCGGACACCAAAGACGAUCUGA